AUGGGCCGCGACCUGACAGUUGGCGUCAUUUCUCCGUACAGCUGCCACGUGUUCGGCAAUUCGCGUCCGGAGCAGUCUUCCAGUUUCUCCGACGUAGUUGCUUUGUCCGAAACUGCACCAGAUCCGGUAAACGACUCCAGAUGUUUCUUGCCGUGACAGUGGGUCUUUUGGUCUCAUCACUUGACGCCUCAUGGUGGCCUCCGGUCUGUGCGCAACUCCAACCCCAAGCGGUGCAAGAAGGCGGCUAACGGCCUCGGAGACGUUCUUGAUGUACGGGAUCGCUCGCCAGAAUUUGGGGUCGGCCAAAAGACCCACUGCCACGGCAAGAAACAUCUGGAGUCGUUUACCGGAUCUGGUGCAGUUGCGGACAAAGCAACUACGUUGGAGAAACUGGAAGACUGCUCCGGACGCGAAUUGCCGAACACGUGGCAGCUGUACGGAGAAAUGACGCCAACUGUCAGGUCGCGGCCCAUUCGACGAGACCCGGCCACACAUUCAAGUUCGAUGAGGCCGAAAUUCUCGCGAGAGGGGAUAAUCGCGUGACCCGCGAGUUGCUUGAGUCAUGGUUCACGGGACCUCAGUCUAUCAACAAGUGCAACGACAUCCCCACUCCAUAUUCUGUCCUGAGGCAUAGACUGGCCAAAGCAAUUGACCACUCGAAGAGCGCGCAAGCACGUGAGCCAGAUGGCCGAGUAAUCAUCACGCCAGCAUCCAACAUGGGUGAUGAGAUGUCAGCAAUUAACAACUUGCAUGCCGGCCAUCAAGCAAUUAGCGCACCAGCAGGCAACAAUCCUUAAUGAAGGGGGCACGGUUAAUUGCUGUAGGUAUGCGGUAGCAUGGCGACCGCAUCCUAUAAAUACUGCGACUGCCUGUACACUAGCCACCCUUUUCUGCAACUGUCUCUGAUGAUAGAUUUAAGAGAGAAUCCGAAACGUCAGGCGAAUAAAGCCAUUGUUCCAGCGAUCGCUUCUUCUUCUGAUCAACUAGUUCCUGUAACUCGCAUUUUCGCUUGUAUCGGCAGUUGGAAUUGCGUUCACCAGGUUCCGGAUUAACAAGUUAACGGUAAAUAAAGGCUUUAAUUUCAUCAGCAGGAAGUAAGCACUAAAGCUAUACUGGUCAAUGUUUCUCAAAGGAAUUAACACAACCGAAUCCAUGAUGAUCAGAAGAUCGUACAUGAUGAACCGCUGCAUAGUCGAUAUCCCGCUAACUUGUGACAGGAUCUGGGUGACGUAUUCCAACUUGACGUCUCAACUAUUGCUGCCGACCAUGUCCACCGCAAGCCCCACAGCAAAGUGCAGCAAGGCGUCGGGCGCCAGCUAAAGCAUAACCACCGUCAUCUCCGUGUUGAUGACCAGGCCGAAGUUGUCGCAGGCGGCGGCGAACAGAUCUAUGCUCCAUUUCAUGACGCCUUCCGAGGUGGCGUCGUGGGCGCAGUCGUUGGCGACGAGGUCAUGGACGGUCGUUGCGCAUACACGCGAAUGGAAGUGCAUCCGCCGGUGGCUGAGGAGUUAUCCGUCCGUCCUGUAGGCGAUGCGCACCCCAGAGCGUUCGUCACGGUAGACGUCCACCGGCAUGACAGAAAACAGGAGACGCAGCACUGCUUCACUCCGUAG